AAAGAAAGCAAUCAAUUGUGGCAACUCCUAUUGGGCGCCUUAUUCGACAUGAGAAUAAUUCACGCUCAAUCAUUGGUCGAAAAGGGUUGACGAAAAAGACAGAUGUUCUCCUAUGGAGCUGGCGAUAAGAUUUCCCGCCCAUUAAGACAUCCAUCUAUAUUCAAUUAAGUCACCGUACACAAAAUGCGUGUGAUUAUGAUAUUUAAGCUGAAAAUAAAAAAAUUAGAACAGCAUAAAAACACCAAAAAGCGGUUUAUCAAUGGCCUUGAUAAUUCCAUCUAUUCACCAUCUGGUAUCUUCCAAUGUAUUGUCCCAUCCUCAAACACGACAAUGAGUUCAUUUCAAAAAUCAUCAUCAUCUUCUGGAAGACAACUACAGUUGUAUAUGAUAUCAGUGUGCAUCGUCCAUCGUCAUGGAAACAGUGAACAGACAACAUGGCGACCGACAGUAUAGUCUUAGAAGAGAACAGAGGAAGAUUUAGCUACCGAAACUCAAUAAAACAUCUCCACAAAGGUCACGGAAUAGUGGCAGCUUCGUCCUCAAUACCAAGCAAAUUUCAAACAAUUGUGCUAGACAACUCCGACAAUAAAGGAUUUUUAUCAAGAGCAAAGCGGUUCCAAAGUCUUGAACCUUUAAAUGAAAACCCCGGCCCCGGGACUUACCGAGCGCCGGAACACGACAUCAAUACCAUAUCUCCUUCGUACUCCACUCAAGGUACUGGGACAUUUGCAUCCAAGAAUACCCGAUUUCCUGUGAAGAAGAGAGUUUUUGCACAGCCAGGACCAGGUGAAUACGAACCGUCAAAGCCACCUAUAAAAAUUGAUUUCAACCGAGCCAAUGUAACAAGUAAUUUCCAUUUACCAAUUGCUGUUCACAUAAAUGAACGAAAACAACUGCAAGCCCCAGCACCAAAUUCAUACAAGGUUUCCAAAGCAACCGGUAAAGUUGUCCAUGAUAACAAUGUUACUGCUUGUGCCGCCUUUAAAUCAAAUUCGAAAAGAGAAACUUUAAGUGCAAACAAGAAGAAUCUUCCUUCUCCAUGCCAAUAUAAUGUCAACGAUGUUUUGCUUCAGAAAAAUUCAAGUGCGGCAACCGCCUCUUUCAAAUCAACCACGGAACGUAAAGUGACGCAAACAUCAGAACACGCCCCAGGCCCUGGUUCAUACAACCCUUACAAAGCAUGUAGCGAUCCUAAGAAAGGAUACAAGUUCUGUCGGAGGCACUAUCUCAGUAUCUCAGCUCCGGCAUUGGAGGUACCGGAAUUAGAUCCCUCUCCUGGACCCGGUCACUAUAAUCUCGUGAAUUACAAAGGUGAAGAGAAACGCUACAUGUCGAGUUCAAUGUUUGUGUCGACCACAAGUCGCUGGAAGCCUGGUACCGACAUUGAGACGGAAAUACCCGGCCCAACUUCGUAUCGUCCGCGACGUAUCGGCAAACAGUCUUUCAUCUAUAACCCCUCUCGAAAAUGGAUCACGUGACCACCCUUGCACGUGAAAAAUGCAUGGUCAUAUGUUUAAGACGAUCAAUUUUUAUUGUAUGUUGACAAAUGUAAAUACAUUAGUUGUACAAAAUUUACUCACAGAAAUGCGUAAA